AUGUUACAUAAUAAUAAUAAUAAUAAUAAUAAUAAUAAUAAUAAUAAUAAUAAUAAUAAUAAUAAUAAUAAUAAUAAUAAUAAUAAUAAUAAUAAUAAUAAUAAUAAUAAUAAUAAUAAUAAUAAUAAUAAUAAUAAUAAUAAUAAUAAUAAUAAUAAUAAUAAUAAUAAUAAUAAUAAUAAUAAUAAUAAUAAUAAUAAUACGCGAUAUAAUAAUAAUAAUAAUAAUAAUAAUAAUAAUAAUAAUAAUAAUAAUAAUAAUAAUAAUAAUAAUAAUAAUAAUAAU